CCAACGGCAACCCUCCGUUACCUCAUUGUUUAGGCCCCCGACAUAUUCGACGGCUUCUCCUGUGGCCCCUUCAUCUGCCGCCGUCUGUCUGUCCUUCUCUUUCACCACACCUUUGACGCUCCUUGGGCACCCCCGGUCGAGCCGAUUUGCGAAGCGCUCCUCGGCCGGCCAUUCAAGUCAGUCUGCGACAGCCAAAAUCCAUCGAUCCGACGUCGAGACGCUGCCGCAGCAGCGCUCCUUUUUCAGCUG